CUUCUUUCCUUUGCCAAACGAGGCCUUAGGAUGUUCAACGCUUUCCUGUUGAACACACAUUUGCAGAGCUUUGGAGUACGGUGAGUCAGUUGAGGUGGAUUUCAGGAAAAAGAGAAGCCAAAAAGUUGCGAUAAAUUUUCCUUCAGAAUUUGUCACUCCUCCAACACCAACGCAUUGAUGCCAUUUCCGGUGUUUUUGGAUGCAUGGAAUGCUCAACAAGUCAACAGUGACAAAACAACUUAUUUUCUAGUGUCAAAACUAAAGGUGUGACUAAAUCAUUAUAUUGAGUUAUAUCCAGAUAGACAUUACCAGAAGGUUGAGAUUUCCCAUUCCAAAAUCACCUUGUGGCGUGAAUAGUGAGCAAGAAAUUCUCGUGUAAAAUAUGUGGAAGUCUUUAGUUGGAGAUGAUGAAGAGCAAGGGGAGAGCUUGUUGGGUGAGGAUUCAGGUGGCCUCUGCUCCCUCUCCAACACAGAGAAUUUACCGAUUUGCAGCUUGUUUGAUUGCUGGUCUUGCUUGCAUGUUACUGUCAAUGAUUGUUUUUGCCAAACCCAUCAAAUUUGCAUUAUUAUUCACCUUUGGAAACGUAUUAGCAGUGGGAAGCACAGCCUUUCUUCUUGGACCUGCACAACAACUCAGAAUGAUGUUUGAUACUGCUCGUGUUUUUGCAACAGCCAUAUACGUCGGAUGUGUGGUUAUAGCACUCAUAUGUGCGCUCUUGGUAAGUCAUACACCAUUGAUAAUACUGUUGGUGGGUCCCCAACUAAGUGGGGCCCACAGUUUUUUAAAACAAAAAAAAAUAAAUAAAAGAAAAUAGAAAGUGGCUAAAAAGCCACGGAGGGAGAGAGUGAGUGAGAGGCCUCACUUUUCAAAGGAAAGAAAGAAAGAAACAGAAGAGCAUCGGCGUCGAGAGAAGAAGGAAUUUUGGGGGAAAAGGGCAUGUCAACCUUGAUCACAUUGAUUUGGUAAAUUUGCUCCAUUUUUUAUGAAAUUUUAGUAUGUUAUUCCUGGUGUAGAGAUGAACAUUAGGAUAUAACUUGCUUGUUGUAUUGCCUUCUCUUUUGCCUGAUUUGAGAUACCCACUUUUGUGGAGGGUUUAUGUUGAUUCCAUCAGUUUUGAUGAUGUAUUUUGUUGAUUGUUGAGAUGUCCUAGUGUUACUAGGAAGACUGUUUGUGUACCCAUUAUUCUGAUAGUGGAAGAUUUUUUCUGGACUAGGUCCCGUGGGUUUUUUGUCCCUCUUUUGGGGGUUUUUCCACGUUAAAAUUCUGGUGUCUGAUUAUUUAAUUUCUGCCAUUAUAUUUGCUGCUUGGAGUAUCUUUGGUGUUGCCUAUUUAAUUGCACAGA